AUGGCUUCCACGGUCAACUCGGUGCCAGCUGCCAACAGUGCUUCUGGCAACACCCUCAACUCCUCUACACCUACACAGAACCCUGGUGGCGCCCGGCCGUCUUUGAGAUCAAAUGCGAGUCUGAAGGGGCCCGACGGUGGUCGACGGCAGUCUGGCAGCCCCGGCGAUGGGGCACAAAGACGCUCCAAUUCCCAGAAGGCGUGGACUCAGGGUACGAACCCGAUCACGCAGAAACCUACUUCCUACUCCCAGCAGAACGGCGGUGCCGCCCAUUCGAAGUCGACUACAUCUCCUAAACCGAUGGCGCCCAAAGAAUCGAGUACUGCUGAUAACCAUGCCCACGACCGUCUCCUUUUCCUGCUAACAAGCUUCAUCGGCCUUACUGCAGUGAUUACCACCAAAAAUGGAGAGAAGUUCAACGGGAUCUUCUCCUCUUCUUCCUUUGAGCCCAAUGACUCCUCUAUUACCCUCAAGAUGGUCCAGCGUGUCUCGCCCCAGCCGGAGCAGACCCGUCCCAAUGGAUUGAGCGACGUCGCGAGCCCCUUCCUAGGAUCUCCGCCGGACCAUAGCAUGGCCUUUGAUAUCAAGGAGAUUGCCGACGUCGCCGUGGCCAACGUCUCCACGGCAGACCUCGUUGCCAAGCCGCAGAAUGGUGCUUCCACUGGCUUCCGAACCGAUAGUGAUAUUUCCGGCGGCCUAGCCAUCCGAGGACGAACCCUGCAGCGCUGGGAGCCCAGUGCUACCGACCCCAGCCUCGAAGUUACCCUCGACAGCUCGGGAGCUGAAGGUUGGGAUCAGUUCGAAGCAAACGAGCGACUCUUCGGUGCAACCACCAGUUACGAUGAAAACAUAUACACCACGCGCAUUAAUCGUUCCGACCCAUCAUAUAAACAAAAGGAGGCCGAGGCCGCUCGCAUCGCUCGUGAGAUCGAAAACAGCGAGACGGACAAUCCUCAUGUCAGGGAGGAGCGUGGCCUCACUAUCGAGGGUGAUGAAGAAGAAAAGUAUAGUGGCGUCCGUCGUGACGAUACCAGUUUCCCUCCUCUUCAGUCAGGGCAGCCCAAUAAAUAUACCCCGCCGGCUCGACGGGCCGCUGGCCAGCAGCAACCGGCAGUUUCUCGGUCUUCAGCCGAGCCAUCUGCCCAGGUUGCUCGACCUGAGGCUGCACCUCAGGAACCGCCGGCGUCAAAGACGGAAGUCUCUGAACAAGAAAAGCAAUCCCAACCUGCGAAACCGUCGACAACCUCUCGACCAGGUGUUACCGAACAGAAUGCUGCCGCUGGACAGACUGCUCCCACUGCUACUACAACCGCUGCUGCGGCCGCUACUACGACCGCUACUACCGCCGCUACUACCGCUGCCACUACCACUGCUACCACCACUGCUACCACCACUGCCUCUACCGCUGCUCCUACCACUACUUCUACCACCGCUCCUACCACCACUGCUCCCACCACCGCUCCAAAACGUGCUGAAAAUGCUACCUCGAAUGUGGAAACAGAAGUCCUGGACCACUUCCGGCAGUUUGCCAAUAGUGAGAAAUUGAAGAUGCAGGAGCGCCGGCGUAACCAGGCCUCUUAUGACCGGACCAUUAAACUUAACGAGCUUAUGAAGUUCUCCAAGAACUUCAAGCUUGCCACCCCAGUUCCACGAGAUCUCGUCCCGAUCCUAGCGAAGGACCCCAGCAAGCAAGAAGAGAUCAUUGAGAGAGCCCAAAGGCAAGCCGAGGAAAAAGCCGCGGCCAAAGCGGCGGCGCAAGCUGCUGCUGCUGCUGCUUCUUCUUCUUCUACGUCAUCUGAACAGAAACCUGCUACUACUACACGUGCUCCUGCACCCACUAAUCCUGCCCCUCCAUCUGCACCCCCUCCAUCUGCACCCUCGGACCGCCAGAACUUCUCCCGUGGCCGUCAAGGGUAUCCCUCGGGACCCCAUGUUGGUCCCGGUGGCAGGAUGCCGCAUCAGACCAUGCACCCAGGACGAACUGGUCCGGGCAUGCUCAGCCAUCGCUUGGCUGAUAAUUUGCGUCAGCAAAAAGGUGCGCUCGGUGCAGUCCCGACGCCUCUACCCAUCCAAGACGCACGGGUGCCGCCAUCUGGUCCCUCUGCGGAUCAGUCCGGUGUCAGCAGUCCUAAUAAGACGCAACCACCGACGUCAGCGCCCUCGACGAAAUUUAACGUGAGGGCCACUGAAUUCAAGCCGAAUCCAGCCGCCAGCACUUUCACACCCGGUGCGUCUAUCAGCCCGCAAUCGAGCUCCCGGGGCCGGUCCGUAUCUCGCGCGACCAGUCCGUCCGCGUUUUUCGGCAGCAAGAAGCCUUUGCCUGCUUCUGAGCGGCCGUCCAUCCAGGACCACUUCAACCCGAUCAAACGGAUGAAGAAGGAGAGCGCGGAGCAGACCGACAAGGAUUAUACUUUCAAUGGCGGAAUUCCCCCGCCUUACAGGACUCCUCCUACCUGGGACGUCGCUCCUGGAAAUGAAGAGAAGACGUAUGCGGACAUGUUCAAAGCUCCCGUUGUCAUCCCGUCGAUCUCCCCGCAGGGCCGCGCUUCAUCGAAUCCCCAUCUGCCUCAUCAGCCCCAACUCCCAUACCAUAUCCAACAGGGCCACCAGGGCGUCCCGCCGACGGCUGGACCCCCUCACGCACCGCACCACCUUCAUCCUCAGCAGCAUCAUGGGUCACACUUUGAUGACCAUCAUCGCAUGCAAAUGUCGGCCUCUACAUCACAGGUUUUCCCGUCUCCACGACUACAACACGGCCAAAUGGCCUAUCCAUCCCCGAUGGGUCCGCACGCCCAACUCGCUUUUGGCCAGCCUGUGCCGCAGUUCUACGUUAAUCAAGGAGCUCCGCAGCCGGCGCAUAUGCGCCAAUACCCUGGAGCCCCCCAGUUUGUCAGUCCGCAGAAUGGCAUGGGCGCGCCGAUGAUGGUCCAGCAGCCUUCCAGCGGUCCAUACAUGGGAGUGCCGCAGGGAAUGGCCGCUCCUUACAACCCUCAGAUGCAGAUGUACUCUCCCAGUCCGGCGCAUGCUUAUCCCCAGCAUGCUGCACCACCUCCUCAGCCGCACAGCGGAUAUCCAAGUCCCAGUCGAGGCGCACCGAUGAUGAUGCACCAAGGUUCUCAGCCUGGUCAACCACCACAGCCUGUUAUGUUCAUGAGUCCAGCACAGCCUGGACAGCCGAUGUAUGCGCCGCAGCAGCCGGGUCACGUUCCACCCGUUCGGGCGAGCUACCCACAACAACCUCACUUCUCGUCUAGUCCCCACCAAGUGCAGCAUUAUCCACCUCAUCAGCAUCGCGGCCCGAGCAACAGUUAUAGUCAAGUACCUCAGAUGCCUCCUCAUAUGCCUUCUCAGCCUCCUCCUCCCGCGCCCGCCUCUGCGCCUCACCCUACCGAAACUACUGAGGAGGCGAAAUGA